AUAAAAAACCAUUUCUCUUUAAUGUUAAACACAUAAUAAGCAAAAUGCUAUAACUAAAGAUUACAGAAACCCUCUCAGUUCCACUGUACUUCCACUUUUUCCCAGCUUCUGCUCUGCGCACACAACCAUGGCCAAACCCUACACCUGUCCUCCCCAAGCUUUUUACUGGAAGUGAAUCAACCUUUUUAGAGGCUUUAGUUGGGAGAAGAAGAGGAAGAUUGAGUGAGUGCUGUGAAAUGAGUGGUGCGUCAUCGUCCGUGGCGGCGGCGGCAGGGGUGGGGAUACGGCCUCCGUUCACGGCGGCGCAGUGGCAGGAGCUGGAGCAUCAAGCUCUGAUUUACAAAUACCUACUCGCCGGACUACCUGUUCCUCCAGACCUCCUCAUCCCCAUUCGUCGUAGCCUCGAAUCUAUUUCUGCUAGGUUCCUUCACCACUCCAGCUUAGGCUAUUGUUCCUAUUAUGGGAAGAAAAUAGACCCGGAGCCAGGUAGGUGCCGGAGGACGGAUGGAAAGAAGUGGAGGUGCUCUAAAGAUGCAUAUGUGGACUCCAAAUACUGUGAGCGGCACAUGAACCGAGGCCGCAACCGUUCAAGAAAGCCUGUGGAAUCUCAAUCUACCUCUCAGUCAUUGUCAACUGUGGUAUCACACAGUGCUACUGGGAGUAGUAGUGGGUGUGGUAGCUUCCAAAACCUGCCUUUGCACUCCAUUGUUAAUAAUGAGAGCUCGUUGCUUGCAAGCAAUACAUCAACGUUGCAGAGGGAGCCUGUCUCGUAUGGGAUCAAUGACAAAGAGUACAGGUAUACCCACGAAGUGAAUCCUGAAGUAGAUCAACUAAAUUUUCAUCCAGAAGGUUCACGAAGUGUCCAGGUCCUUGGCAUAGACCGUAAUGUAGACAACACAUGGCAUCCCAUGCCAUCAUGUGUUCAGGUAGACCCCUCUCCAAAUCCAAGUUAUGGUGCUUAUUUGCAAAGCAACUCCUGUCAACCACACAUGCUACAGGAUUUUGAAUCGAUGAGCAAUGCUGCAAUGUCAAGACAGCGGCAACAAUAUUGCUUCUUUGGCAGCGAGUUUGGUUCACCCGGUCCCGUGAAACAGGAGAGCCAUGCUGUAAGACCUUUCUUGGAUGAUUGGCCUAAAGCAAGAGAUUCAUGGACCGAUCCUGAUGAUCAGAGAUAUGACAAGAGUACAUUCUCCACCACUCAGCUAUCAAUCUCUGUUCCAAUACCUCUGUCUGAAAUCUCUGACAGGAGUCCUCAUUCCCCAAAUGAUGCUUAAAGAAGCUGACAACAGUAAUCCCUCUGGGAUGUGGGAUGUCUUAUGAAUUUACUUGUGUACUUUCGAGAAGGUACUUUGCUGCCUUCUUUCGGAACUUACAUAUCCUUUGUGUUAAACUUUGGGUUGACUAGCAUAGUUACGGUGGUUGGUCUGUAAUAUUUGCUGGAACUGUUUGUGUUCAAAACAUAUGCCUGCUUUUAGUCUUCUAUCUAGGAUAGAGGCAGUAUAUUUGAAGGCAUCCAAAAUAAUAAGUCAUGUUUUGCUUCUGAAAUC